GGAAAACGCGUGUUGGUCGAUUUCUACUUGUGUAGUUUAUGAAACCAGUGAUGUGAUUACGGCGAUUGUUCGUGGAUAGUGCUAAAGGCUUAAGCAGCAUAGAUUUAAAACCAGAUCCUAGUGCGUCAGUGAUGCCACAAGAGGACAGGACAUCUGGGGCACCACCAGUGGGCAGCACACCCAGUAAACCACCAGAGGGCAGCACACCAAAUAUGCCACCAGAGGGCAGCACACCCAGUAUACCACCAGAGGACAGCACACCCAUUAAACCACCAGUGGGCAGUACACCCAAGGUACAACCAGAGGGCAACACUCCCAAAGUACCACCAGAGGGCAGCACACCCAAUAAACAACCAGAGGGCAGCACACCAAGUAUACCACCAGAGGGCAGCACACCAAGUAUACCACAGGAGGGGGAAAGUGAAGGAGAACAAUUACAAGAACAGCAACAAGUCCAUCCAAAAUCCCAUGCUGAUGGCAGUUUGCCAGAUGAUAUGGACAAUACUGUGAAAAAUGCUGAAGCUGAUGCUAACCUGGUUCCUCCAAAGCGCCCAAAAAAUGGAUUCAUUCGUUUCUCCAUCCAAUAUCGCAGAGAGAUUGCCAGACGACAUCCCAAACUUGACAAUCGCGAAAUAUCCAGGAUGUUAGGUUCAAAAUGGAGGAAGAUGACCAAAGAAGAUAAAAAGCCAUAUGAAGUUGCAUUCUUGGAGGAAUUAAAGGAAACCAAGCAGAAGUACCCCAGUUGGUCAUAUGGACCCCCAAGACAGCGAGCAGAUUCUGUCGCUGACCCCAUGCCUUGUAGACUAAGGCCUAAGAGGACACUGAAGCUUCCACCACUGACAAGAAGUUACACAAGAAAAAAGAAAAUAACAAAACCCUCAGACUCUCCCCCAAGCAAGAGUACCUGGGUGCAGUGUGACAGGUGCUCGAAAUGGCGAUGUCUACCAGUCACAGUUGAUUUACAGAAACUUCCACAUAUAUGGUUCUGUGAGUACAAUCCUGACAUUAAGUUCAACGGUUGUUAUGUCCCAGAGGAGUCACUAAGAGAAGGAAGUUCCAGACCUAGUCCGAAGAAAUUACACAGUCAGGAUUCUCCAGAAAAUCUGCUCCUACAUUCUCCAGAGAAUGGGAGCAAAGGUGUAGUGGUAUCUGAAAAUGUACUGCACAGUAGUUUACCAGUAUCAGUACAAAAUAUCCAAAAGGUCACAUCUCAAGAAAAUCUGCACACUGAAAAAUUUGAACGAAAUCUACAGAAUGGUGUGGCAGUUGAAAAUGUGUGGAAAGGGACCACUGCAAUAAAUCUGCAAAGUGACAUUGCAUCAAAUGUCACAAAAAAUGGAAUGCACACCAAAUCUCCACAAAAUGUAAAUUGCACGGCUGAUGCUUUUACUGGAAUUUUAACAGGCCAUGACCAGGUGCUCAGUAACCACCCCUUUUUAAGUCAUUCAUCAGUAAAAGAGGAAAGAGUAGCUUCCCGCGGAGGUCACUUUAGAAGAAAUAAUUUGCCAGUACACAAAAAUCAUGGUAUUUCACUUCAACCCUCACCCUGCAACCCUACUGAACCUCACACAGUAAAUCUGCUGCAUGUAAGUAGGCCUACACAAGAACUCGUGCACAGUGGCACCUCACAGAGAAAUCUGCACAAUAAUAGGAACUUGCACAAUGGCAGUUUUAUCGGAAACUUGCACAAUGGUACCUCUAAUGGGACCUUGUACAAUGGCGCUUCUUCAGAAACUGGUCUACACAAGGAAUCUUCAGUAGAGGCCAUUCCAGAUGGAAGCCCACUGCCAAAUGGCCAGGAACAGUCCCAGGUUCAUUCAGCAUGCGAUGCGUCGGACAGUGGAGCUAUUGGUGUAGAGGAUGGCCUGUCUUAUUGUGGUGAAGAACUAUAUGAUUGGCUCUGGGUUGUAAACACCAAUCACUCGGACAGUGAGGACUUUGUAGAUGUAGAUGGAAUACAGCCUAGUGUUUUGGAGAUUGAGUUACCUUUUGAUGCUGAAAUGAUGUAGACAUUUGAAGUUUUUAGGGUCAGGUUAAUAACAGGAGCGGAUUCAGAGAUAUUUUCUGACAGUCUUCCAAAUUAUCUUUGUUGCUCUG